CCCUUCAAAAUUUUCCUUUUAUUUUCCUCUCUGGCUAUUUCUAUCUAACCAAACUGUGCGUAAAAUUUUGAAAGCCUGCUUCUCUUUUUCCUUAGCAGCCAUUAACGGGUGAGAACUCUCCGAUCUAUCUAUAGGUCCCUCUCACUGACACUCGGCCGGUCACCCUCUCAUAUCGCCGACCAACCAUUGUGACGACGGACGGUACUAUCUCGUUCUCUGAUAUGUCUCUCUCUAUAUAUUGUUCUCACCAUUCAUGGCUUCUUUAUUAUUAUUAUUAUUAUUAUUAUUAAUUUUUUUUUUAUACACAAAAUUAGUGGUAAUUUUUAUGCAUUGGAUACUUGUUUAGAUAUGGACAAUAAAUAUUCAGUGUCGGGGUGGUUGGUGAACACACCGUACCAGUUCGGUUACUCGUUCACAGACGGCAUUAUUAGCCGGGAAAUAUCACUGAUAAAUUAUGAUGAGAAAGGGAAGGAUAAUCAGAAUGCAGCACUUAGGGAUUUUGACAAGACGAGGCUGUUAAAAUCAGAGUUUGUGUUGGAUUUUCAUUUUAUAAACUCCAAAGGAACUUCCUCUGUGGUAGUGGCCGACAAAUUUGAUUAAACCCUCUGCACUUGGAUGGAAAGGAAGAAGAAGCUGUAUAAACAAUUACCCAAACAAGAACAGAACUGGCCCAACUGGUGGAGCAGUAUAGAAUCAGAAUUUAGGGCAAUCUUCGCCGAUGUGUGCAAUGGAUUGAAACUUUUGUUCAAUAGGGAUUUUGUUCACGGAAACCUCAUUAAUGAUGGCGUUGUGAUUACAAGAAACACCACAAGUGAGAUCAUAAACACCAUAGAAAACACAAUGUGCGGCAUUAUACAAGAGUUUGACUUUGGAGAAGGACGUGCCCUUAUUACAAGAUUAGAGAUUCGAGAGGAAAUACGCGCCAAGCUGCUUCUUUCAAGAGCAGGUGAUGGUUUUCGUUUGAGAGGAGCAACUAAAGAUAUCCAAGAUUUGCAUUUGCUAAUGAUGGAUGUUUUAACUGUGUCUGGUGACAUUGCUAAGCACACGGUUAGGGCUGGAUUGCCCAAGGCUUUGGAGUUAAUUCUCGGUUCUCCUGAUAAUAUUACACCAAUUUCAUUCCAACAUUUUCUACGGAUUUUGGUAGGAUUGUGUUCUGCAUUGGUCCUAACCUGAGCAAGGCCCGGAGAAGAAAUGAAGUUGCCAUGGAGUUUUCUGGAGACUUGGCUUGCAGUAUGGGUUAUCUUCCAUUUUGAGGCUGUUAUAUAUUGACCGGAGAGUUUUUGGAUCAUCACUUUGUGACCGUGUGUUUAUUAUCUUAAAAUGUAAUGUGAGACUUUGAAUCAUGUACACAGUAUGGGGCUCUGUUCAAUUUGGUGCCUACUGAUUUAAAAUGGGCUUCGCUUGGAAUGGUUGGAGAUGUUUUCUAUCAUUUUAUUAGAAUAUUGUUUUUUUUUUUAUGAUUCGAACGAGUGCGGUGGCAUUUAACACCCAUAUAGCUCAUAUAAUUCCCAAUAGGUUUUGAAAAUCCUCCUAACAUUUAUUAUAG